AUGGCUGACCCAGAGAUCAAACUCUUCAACCUAGGAGACUUCCCCCUCGUCUCCGGCACAGUGUUGCCACAGGCAUUCAUCGCCUACAAGACAUUCGGAUCCCCCUCCAGCCCAGCGAUCAUCUACCCAACAUGGUACUCAGGAUCCAUAGCAGACAACGAGUGGCUCAUCGGCACGGACAAGGCGCUCAGCCCGGAGAAGUACUACAUCAUCAUCCCCGCGCUCCUGGGCAACGGGCAGUCGUCCUCGCCGACCAACAUGCCGCACCUGCCGCGGGACAGGCCGUUCCCGGACGUCACGUUCCGCGACAACGUCACGGCGCAGCACCGGCUGGUGACGGAGGGGCUCGGGGUGGGCCACGCGCGCAUGGUGCUCGGCUGGAGCAUGGGCGCCGGCCAGGCCUACCAGUGGCUGACGCAGUACCCGGAUUUCGUGGACCUCGGCGUGCCGUUCUGCGGGAGCGCCAAGACCAGCCUGCACAACCAGGUGUUCCUGGAGGGCGUCAAGACUGCGCUGCUGGCGGCAAAGGGGGCGGCGUCGGGCGGGGUCUGUGCCGGGGAGAGCAGCGCGGGCGGGUACAGGAACUGGACGGCUGAGGAGCGGGAGACCGGGUUGAAGGCCCUGGGGCGGGUGUAUGCCGGCUGGGGGUUCAGUCAGGCGUUUUAUAGGGAGAGGAUCCACGAGAAGGAGCUGGGUUUUAAGGAUCUGGAAGACUUUAUGGUCAGGUUCUGGGAGUCUUGGGCUCUAUCCAAGGAUCCGGAAAACUUACUGGUCAUGCUUCACACGUGGCAGGCAGGAGACGCAUCCGCUCAAGAGCCAUAUAACGGCAACUUUGAGCUGGCGAUGAAGGGCAUCAAGGCAAAGACUCUCGUGUUACCUGGGAAGACGGACUUAUACUUCCCACCCGAAGAUUCAGAGUAUGAAGUUCAGUGCAUGGCUGAAGGGGUCGGAAAGAUGAUUGCGUUUCCGUCAAUAUGGGGGCACUGGGCUGGUGGGCCAGGGACGAACAAGGAGGACUUGGACUGGCUCGAUGAUAAGCUGAAGAUACUUCUUGCCGAAGGGAGCUUCCCCUAA